UCAAGACAUACAGAAGGACGCCGGAGCCUGUGAGAGGGGCUGGCACAACACUGAGGAUUAGCAACGGUUCAAACCACAAAGCCCCAGUUUGGUUUCAUUUUGUCUUGCCUGGAUUCAUUUCCGCCUUUGGCGCGGAGUUCAGCUGGGGGGGCUACCAGCGUCAAAAGCCAGCAAAAGGUGAAGACAAGAAGCAGGAAGGGCUGGCAGGGCUCUGCAGCCUCCGGCGCAUUUUAUAGACUUUCUCCUUGGCCGCAGCCUCGUCCCGAUCCAGCUGAUGCAGACUGCCCUUCGGCGUCUGGUUCCGGAUGGGGGUCCCGAUAGCCCGGUUGAGGCUUCUGUCCGCGGUGGCCGUUCUAUUGCUGCGGGGAAGAUGCGCAGGCUCCCAUUCGUUGCGUAUUUUCUAUACUCUGGUCAUGGCCUCCAGCCAGGAUGUGCCACACUACACUGUGGUGGUGUAUGUGGACGACCAGCUAGCUGCACGUUUUGAUUCGCCCACAAGAAGAAUGUUACCCCAAAUGUCCUGGCUUCAUAAAAUGGAGGAAGACCCCCAUUUCUGGGAUUUGGCAUCACGGAGAGUGAGCACCACGGAGCGGCGGUUCAAAACUGAUCUCGCCAUCUUGCACAGCUACCACAACUCCAGCAGAGGGUUUUACAGCUGGCAGCGGGUGAUCGGCUGCGAUCUGAGCAAAGAUGGCCGCAAGAGCGGGGUUUACCAGUAUGGCUACGAUGGGGAGGACUUCAUCAGCUUGGAUCAGAAGACCCUCACCUGGACGGCAGUUGACGUCCGUGCUCAGGUGACCAAGAGGAGGUGGGAAGCAGAGCCUUUCAUCGCCCAGAGCCGGAAUAACUUUUUGGAGCAGGAAUGUAUCCAGCUGCUUCAGAAGUGCAUGAUGUAUGGAAAUGAAUCCUUGCUGAGGAAAGAGGCUCCAGUGGUGAAGGUAACUCGCAGUGUCCAGUACAAUGGUAUGGAGACCCUCGUCUGCCGAAUCUAUGGCUUAUAUCCCAAAGAGAUAGAUGCCACCUGGAAAAAGGAUGGAGAGGUCUGGGAGCAGGACACCUUCCGUGGUGGUGUUCUUCCGAACUCAGAUGGGACCUACCAUGCCUGGCUGAGCAUCGAGGUUGACCCAAAAGAGAGGGACCGCUAUCGGUGUCAUGUGGACCACGUUGGACUGCUGGAGCCUCUGAACUUGGCCUGGGUGGAGCCUGCAUUGGUGCCCGACAUGGGGCUCGUGGCCGGAGUCGUUGGGGUUGUGGUGGCCACAAUCUUCAUUGCCGUUGGAGUGACUGUCUACGUCAAAAAAUGUGGCAGAAACACGUACAGAUCAGCGUCGGCCAGCACCCCGGAUUUUGAAAGUCCUCCAGUGGUGAGUAGGGGAUGCAGGUCUGUAGGUUCACAUCUCUUUCAUCAGGGGCAGAAAAAAAAUAUCCCCAGCUCUGCAAGAAAAAAGAUCUAUUUAUUUAUCUAUAAAAUUUAUAUAGGGGCCCAUCUCACUGAAAAAGACCCUGGGUUGUAUUUAUAUUCUUUUCUUUGUUCAAAAUGGCCAUUUCUGGUAGCUCCAUCAACUUUUGUAGCCAUUCAUCCAAGGAGGGGGGGAAUCAAAAUGCCCUUCCAUUUUUCUACAUAAAGUAAUCUUGCUGCCAUCAAGAUCACAGUUUCAAUUUUUUUUCAAAGUCUUUUUCCAUUAAGCCCAAAAGAAAAAAUUUCUGGUGAAUUAGAGUGAGAAUAGAGUUGGAAGGGACCUUGUAGGUCAUCUAGUCCAACCCCGCUGCUCAAGCUGGAUAUCCUGUACUAUUGCUGACAAAUGGCUGUUCAGCCUCCUCUUGAAAGCCUCCAGUAAUUUUAUCUUUCUAUUCACUUUAAGAAUUUUCUGCAUUAGGAUGUGAAUCCUAGAUUCUUGUUAUUAUUUAGGUGGAUUGCAUCAUGCCAUUUUUCUUCAUUGUUUGAAUUCUUUCCUUUUCCCUCCAGAAUUGAAUUGUAUAUGGCUUAGAAUCACCUGUACUUAAAGCAACCCAUAAGUCUAGGUAAAAGAUAGGUGGACAAAGGAUUGACUGAUUCAACAAACUCUGGGAAUUUACUAGUCUACUAGCUGCAAGGACUGUAAGAUGAGCUGACACCAGACAUACACUGUUUUCCCCUCUUCUUCAUGAAGCCCGCUUGGCAGAUAAAACCAGAGCAAAGGAGAGCUCCACACAGGACUUGGAGUUGAAUCACUUGGUGCUCCUGAAGGAGUGGUGCAGUGGCCUAGAGAUGGAGCUCUCGCCUCACAAUCAGGAGACUGUGAGUUUGAUUGUAGAUAGAGACUGAUAUUUCUCUCUUUGGGCACAAUCGGUAUAUAUAAAAGGCACUCCCUCAUUAUGAAGUCUCCAGAACCGUAAAGCCUACAAACUUGAAAUUUGGCACGUACGUUCCUCUUGGCUUCUAUGUGCCCGCUAAGAAAGGAUUUUUUGAAACGACCAUCAGGUCGUUAGUAUUUCUUAUAGUAUUAAUUAACAUGCUCUGAUGCUAAGGAGUUCUACUCCUCCUCCCCACCUGAAAAGAACUCUGUUCCAACUGCCAGUUGCCUUAUAUCAACACGGUCUGAUGCUAAGGUAUUAGAUAUUCUACUCCCCCUCCCCACGUGAAAAGAAGUCUGACAUUCCAUUACCUCAGUUCAAACUGGCAGAUGUUCCACUCCUUCACUCAGGAGCGGUCUGGGACUCCUUACAGUACUAAACGUUGGUACCUCAUCAAAAUGCCUAUUCCUUCCACCUAUGGAACUGUUUCUGGACUCAAGGCAGUGGGAGCGACAUUCUCUUAUGUGUUUCAAUCACCAACCACCACUGAGCCAACGUAUUGUGAACCGAAUUCCUCCUGCAUAGCCCGAUCACAUGCUUUCGUCAUGAAGCACAGGGUGUCAGCAUUCCAAAUAUCAUGCAGAAUUAAAUCAGAGUCCAAGGCAGAGCUAUCCUUAAAGUUCCAAUUUAA